AUCUCUGUAACCUCAGCAAGUCUGUCGACAAGUCGUGUGUGUGGUAGUGGUGAAAACUUAUAAAUCGGUUGGGGAAAAAUGCAUUUAAGAAAUCGUUAAAGCAAUAAAUCCAAUAGCCAAUAGUGUAACAAAUAAAUACAAACAUCGAAUAAAACGCUCACACACAGUGUUCGCGGUGUGCCAAGCAAAUCCAAUAAAAUAAUUACAAAAAUUUAACAAAGAAUAAGGUAAAUCGACGUCGACGACAACUGAAUACCUAAAAGCAACAAUACAACAACAACAGCAAGGGGCAACAUUGAAGCAGCAACAGCAGCAGCGGCACGCAGAAUAAAGAAACAAGGAAACAUUUGCACACAGCAAGCAGCCGAAAACAACAAAAACAACUACGCCAACACCGACAAGAAAAACCACUUCAACAAAAGAGGAUAACAUAUUGAAAGAGCUGCGCCACACACACACAUAUACAUAUACAUAUAUGUAUAUAUAGGGAGCUGCUAACUUACACACACACAUACACACGUGCAUGUGUACGUGGGAAAGUAAACCGACAUCUUUUUACGAGUUUUGCAAUUGGGCAAAAGAGAGACAGCAGAGGGAGAGAGAGAGAGUGCAGAGAGAGGAGAGAGAGCUCCAGCGAGCUUAAGCAGAGCAGAGGGCUAGGGCUGCAGAGCCCUUUGAUAACGCACGCACUCACACACACACACACAUACAUACAGACAGGCGAUCGAGUGAGCGCGACUUGAAGAGAGCCGCCUGAGAGAGAGGGAGAGAGAGACUACGGCUCAGUGUUGCCCAACAACCGUUAAUAUACAAACGAAUUUGGGAAUCACAGCAAUCGUGAAAGUGCGUCGACGUUGUCUUGUCGUUUUGUCAUUCGUUGUGCGUGAGCGUAAUUCAACACUUGGCACACGGCCAGUGUUGCCACACUGCAAACAAAGAGCAAGCAAAACCAACCAGUAACAGAGACUCACACUCACUCACUCACCUGCAUUUACGUAAGACAAGUGCUGCCAGACAGCUGUCAAAGCUGCACGCAGAAGCGUGCAAGAAAAGAGAGAGAGAGAGCAAGAGCGAGAAGCAGCUAAAUAAAUCCUUGCAACAGACGACGCAGGCGACAACACCCAAAUGAAAACGCUCGUACUCAGUCCCGACGAUCUGCAGAACUUUAACAAGUUCAUCUACGAUCCGAAAUCUGCUGCACAAUUGGCCGCAAGUGCGGGCGCCAUUGCUGCCGCUGCCGCCGCUCAUGGACACCAUCAUCAUCCAGGUGGGGGAGGCGGAGGAGGAGUGCAACUUGUUGCAGCAAGCAACGUUGCGUCAGCUGCAACAGUGCCCGUCACCCAAGUAGUGGGUGGCACAGUGGGCAACGCGAGCGGCGCCAACAGUGCCAAUAAAUUAAUGGCACUACACUACUAUCUAAACCAUCAGGGCAACUAUGUGGGCGUCCAGGCGCCAAGCCAUGCAACACAGCACCAACAACAACAGCAGCAGCAACAACAGCAGCAGCAGCAACAGUUGCUGGCACAGUCGCAAACGCAGCUGAAGCAGUUGCAACUGAAACAGCCAACAAUACAUCAGCAUCAGCAGCACAUCAGCUAUCAUCAUCAUCACCCCUACUACCAACAACAGCAGCAGCAACAGCAACAACAACAACAGCAACAACAGCAACAGCACAAGGUGCAACAACAAAAUCAUUUGCCUGUCCAUGCGUUAAAUCAAAACUCUAAUUUCUCGGCGGCCAGUUCGAGCACUGGCGGCACUGCAUCCAGUCAUGCGCCCACCCAGCAAUCCAAUGGCUCCAGCAUCUCACCCACAAUCAUCAGUCAUCCAUCACAUGUUCAUCCACAUGCCCAUCCCCAUCCCCAUCCACACGCGCAUCAUGCACAUCAUGCGCAUCAUCAGCAAGCGGCGGGUGGAGCAACAGUUGUUGCCAGCAACAGCAAUAUUGCUGCCGCAGCAAAUGCCUUGUUGCGUGCGACAGCUGCAGCAGCAGCAACGGCUGCCACAACAGCAACAGGAGCGGGUGCAGCAGCAACAACGUCGUCUGCCGUCUCCUCAUCAGCGUCGUCAUCAUCCUCGUCGUCAUCAUCAUCGGCCUCCUCAUCAUCGGCUGCCGGAGCAUCCUCGACGGCGUCGACCACAACCGGCUCUGCCAAUUGUGCCAAGAAACUGAAAACGGAACCGUUGCUCUCGCAAUACAAUCAAACGGAGCGACUGAAUUUUGCAAACACGUACAUUGUGUGGAGCGAGGAGCACUGGCGCCGUGUCGUCUUCCACGAUGAGCGACGCUUCAAUUUGGAUGGGCCCGAUGGCUUCUCCUAUUACUUCCACGAUCUGCGCAACUAUGAGCGAACGUUGUCGCAACGGCCGCGUGGCAACUCCGUCUACAUCUACCUGAUGAUCUGCGUCGGUGGCGCCAUCCAUUUGGAUGUCUCCUCUGCCAAGCAGCGACCCGAAUCCUGCAUCGAAGCCAUACUCCGCGAACGGCCCAAUAUCGUUAGCAAACUGGGCGGUGGUGCUGCAGGUGGAGGAGGACAGAGUGCUGAGUUUGUGCUGCAGGAUCACAAUUGGAUGUCGCAUGCGUUGCCCACCGCCCAGGAGCUGCUCAAUGCCGAGGGACUCAAGACGCAAAAGUGGCCAACGAUUGCCCACGAUCUGAACAUCAUGGAGAACAUUUGGGGCUGGCUGAUACGCGAGGUAUUCGAUGGUGGUCGAAAAUUCUCGCGCAAAGAUGACCUCAUCUUUCGCAUCAAGGAGGCGUGGUCCCGGCUGCCGCUCGACCUAAUCACGAACCUGUACAGCACGCUGCCCGAACGGAUCACCGAGCUGUAUUACACUCAAGGUGUGUACACGAAUUGUUGACAACCGACGCCGCCAAAGGACGUGCGAGGGCAACAACGGGAACAGGAACGGGCACAGCAGCAGGAGCACUUAUCAAACGAGGCAGGAUGGGGCAGAGAAGGUGACUUCAUUAUCUGCUCCACACCAGCAGCAGCACUCCACCACACGUGGCAGCUGACUCUACUGUAUACAACAUCAACAACAACAAGAACACGCCGCAUUAUUAUGUUCUAAAGGCAAAUAAUCCCAGAUGGCAGAAAAAUUUACCUUUUUUUCGUACAUUUAACUUGACAUUUUUUUUGUAUGUAUAGCUUUAAGAUGCGUGUGUGUGUGCGUGUGUCUCUCUCUGUGCGUGUGUGUGUGUGUGAAUCUGAUUAUGUAUUUGCAAUCUGCAAUCUGCAAUUUGUAAGCGUGUGUCCGUUUCCAGCUCUGUUUAUAGUUAUGUGUAUUUAAGAUUUAACUAACAAAACAAACAAAAUGCGAGAUUUGACCGCAGGCGCCGCCACAGCAGUGUGGCAACGCUGGCAACAACCUCACCACACCACACAACAUAACUCACCACGCCGCAGCCAGUGUUGCCAAUGCUUUGUAAUUAGUGUUCUCUUAUGCAGUUCUACACAAACUGCAGCAAAAAUAACCCAAUUUUAAAUAUUUAAGGCUUUAACUUUUAGUUGUCGUUUUUAAACUAUAAAUACAACCCCGCCCCCUCCUCCUCCCACCCCGCUUCAUUAUCCAACCUAUUUAGUUACAAACAAAAAAAAAAAAGAAAAACCAAUUUAUUUUAACUUUGAAACUUAACUCAUUUUGUUGAUUGUUUUUAGUUAUGCGAAAGUAGAAGGAGAAGUUAAGAAAAAGAAAGAAAGAAAGAAAAUGGCGAACAAAAUUAAUGCAAAGCGAAAAGAGUAAAAUAAACUUGUAACUAAAGUAUUAUUUGUAAGGCAUAGUUUUUUGUUGUAGCAAAAUACACACAUACAAAAACUAAAACUAAAAUCCUAUCAUGUAAAAUUGUUUACGAACAGAAAUAAUAAUUAAACUAAUUAUCAA